AAUAAUCAUUACAAUGUGUUAAAAAAUAAUCUACAAAAAACUGUUUUGUUAGUUAUUGGAAGGUUAAAAAUCAGAUCUUCCAGGAUUCCAUAUAUUGUUGCUUCUGAUAUCGAAUGGACUUAUCCAAAUAAUGAAUCACAAUCUUCAAGUACCUCAGGCAAAAAAAAAUCAAGAUCUCAUGAAGAAUUAGAUAACCAACUAGAUAGUAUUGAAGAAAAAUAUGCUACUUUGUCUUCUCAACCUUCACAAAAAAAACCCAAACUCUCCUUACAUUCGACGGCUGCUAGAAAAUCAAAUAACAUUCACGCCACUGUUAACUUUACUAAUAUUAUUUCUCAGGUUCGCCACAAUGAACAUCCUCUUGAACCUAACAACACGAAUUCUACACCUGUGAAUAUGGAACGCAAUGAUUCACCCGAUACCGAUAAUAACGCCAUUCUCUUUCCUCCUCCGCACGUUAGAAAAGAAGUUGAUGUUCCUCCU